UUUUUCACAAAUUUUCACUCACCGGGAGAGACCACUAUACCGUUAGUUUCCUGUUCACGUGAGACGCACGUGAUCACAUUCCGUAUUUGAAUUUGGACCCGAGCGCCUUUUUCUCCAAUUCAGUUUAAUACAAACCCAACACGUCCGGAUUCAAAAUCUCGUUGUUCAAAUAUCCAAACGAAACGUAAACCCCUCUCGUUGUUCUGUUUCUGUUCCGUUCCGUUCCCUCUCCAACGACGCAGAGAAGAGAAUCCAUUUCUUCUCUUCAUUCUCUCUUUCUCUAUCUUCCCUCUCACACUGUUCCUCACUGCGUUCAUCUCACAGGUAAGCUCACACACCCAAUCCUCUUCCUCUUGAUUUCGCCAGCUUCGACGCCUCACGUUUUUCGCAUUCAUCACGAUGUUGAUUUUCGCGCUUAAAUUGAAUUCCAGGGUUUUCUAGUCAGGUUGAAUUAGGCAGAAAUGGAGAACGCAGAUUCAACGCAAUGCGUGCGAGUCGCUGUGAAUAUCCGCCCCUUGAUUAUGUCCGAGCUUCUUCUUGGCUGCACAGAUUGCAUUUCCGUUGUUCCCGGUGAACCUCAGGUGCAAAUAGGAUCGCAUUCUUUCACCUACGAUUACGUAUAUGGUAGUACGGGGCCACCUUCCUCUUCAAUAUACGAUGGAUGUGUAGCACCGCUUAUUGAUGCACUAUUCCAUGGCUAUAAUGCCACGGUUCUUGCAUAUGGUCAGACGGGCUCUGGGAAAACAUAUACUAUGGGCACCAAUUAUAAUGGAGAGGAAAGUAGUGGUGGAAUUAUACCCAGGGUAUUGGAAACGAUAUUCGACAGAGUUAAGGAUACGAAGGAUUCCACGGAAUUCUUGAUUAGAGUGUCAUUUAUUGAGAUAUUCAAGGAAGAGGUUUUUGAUUUGCUUGAUCCCAAUUCAUCUAGAGGGGAAGCAGCAUCUACAGCUAAGGUUGCUGCUGUGCCCACCAGAGUUCCCAUACAAAUCAGGGAAACAGUGAAUGGAGGAAUAACACUAGCUGGGGUGACAGAGGCCGAAGUUAAGACAAAAGAAGAAAUGGCAUCAUAUCUCUCAAGCGGUUCAAUGUCACGUGCCACUGGGAGUACAAAUAUGAAUAGUCAAUCAAGUCGUUCUCAUGCUAUAUUCACAAUCACGAUGGAUCAAAAGAAAGGCGAUGAUAUCUUAUGUGCCAAACUUCAUUUAGUGGAUCUAGCUGGUUCUGAAAGAGUGAAACGAACUGGUGCAGAUGGCCUGCGAUUAAAGGAAGGAAUUCAUAUCAACAAGGGUUUAUUAGCUCUUGGAAAUGUAAUAAGUGCACUGGGAGAUGAAAAAAAGCGAAAAGAAGGUGGUCAUGUGCCAUAUCGGGAUAGCAAAUUAACACGCCUACUACAGGAUUCUCUUGGAGGAAACAGCAAAACAGUGAUGAUAGCAUGUGUUAGUCCUGCGGACACAAACGCUGAGGAGACAUUGAACACUUUAAAGUAUGCAAACCGUGCUCGCAACAUUCAGAACAAGGCAACUAUUAAUCGAGAUCCAGUGGCAGCUCAAAUGCAGACAAUGCGAAAUCAGAUUGAGCAAUUGCAAGCUGAGCUUCUAUUUUAUAAAGGCGAUGCUAGCGGACCAUUUGAGGAGCUUCAGAUUCUUAAACACAAAAUAUCCUUACUCGAGGCAAGUAAUGCAGAGCUACGGCAGGAGCUUAAAAGUCGCCAAGUAACUUCAGAAAGUUUAGCACAGUGUGCUCUCGAUGCUCAGGUUGAAAAGGACCAACUGAUUUUAAAAAUAGAAUCAAUUCGAAAUGGGAAAUCAUGGGAUGAGGUUGACUCAGAUUCAAAUCAGGAUUAUGACCUACUGAAAUCUUAUGUGUCAAAGAUCCAAGGCCUGGAAGGAGAAUUGCUACGUUUGAAAACUUCAAAUGCCACAAAUUCAAGACAUUUUGUUGAUUGUGCUGAUUCCGAUGAUGAUGGAUAUGGAUCAAAACAUGCUUUGUUUGCACGUGGUAAUGGGUUUUCAUCUGAUUGUGAUGCAAAAGCUGUUGACAUAUCAGAUGAAAUGGAAGAUGAUGCGAAGGAGCUUGAACACUCAUCUCUUCAAGAAAAGUUGGAUAAAGAGCUCAAAGAAUUGGAUAUGAAACUUGAACAAAAGGAGGCUGAAAUGAAGCUGUACAAUAAUGCUGAUACUUCAGUUCUUAGGCAUCAUUAUGAAAAGAAACUUCUUGAGAUGGAACAGGAGAAGAAAAUUUUGCAGAAAGAAAUUGAGGAGCUCAAAUACAAUCUCGCAAAUAUUUCAUCCACCUCUGAUGACGGUGCUCAAAAGUUGAAGCAGGAUUAUCUUCAAAAGUUGAAUGCUCUUGAAGCACAGGUCUUUGAACUGAAGAAGAAACAAGAUGCUCAAGCUCAACUCAUGAAACAAAAACAAAAGAGUGAUGAGGCUGCCAAACGACUUCAGGAUGAGAUCCAGCGAAUCAAAGCUCAAAAGGUUCAUCUUCAAAAUAAGAUUAAGCAGGAAUCUGAACAAUUUAGGGUAUGGAAAGCUAAACGCGAAAAAGAAGUUCUCCAGCUUAAGAAAGAAGGGAGAAGGAAUGAAUAUGAGAUGCAUAAACUUUUAGCGUUGAAUCAGCGACAGAAGAUGGUACUGCAAAGGAAGACAGAAGAAGCUGCCUUGGCCACAAAAAGGCUGAAAGAACUUCUGGAAUCUCGAAGAGCUUCAUCUCGUGAAACUAUGGGUGUUGGAGGUGGGAAUGGUCCUGGAAUUCAGGCUUUGAUGAAGGCAAUUGAGCAUGAACUUGAAGUCACCGUCCGAGUGCACGAAGUACGUUCAGAAUAUGAUCGUCAAAUGGAAGUAAGGGCUAAAAUGGCUGAAGAGAUGACCAGGUUAAAGGAAGAAGCACAAAUGAUGAAGCAAAAUAACAGAAGUGAUUGUCCCACAUCAAUGUCUCCUGGUGCAAGAAAUUCUAGGAUUUUUGCCCUUGAAAAUAUGCUUUCGACUUCGUCCACGACACUAGUGUCUAUGGCAUCCCAUUUGUCAGAGGCAGAAGAGCAGGAACGGGUUUUCAGUGGUAAAGGACGUUGGAGCCAAGUCCGAUCCCUUGCUGAUGCCAAGAAUUUGAUGAAUUGUUUGUUCAAUAUUGCAUCUUCAUCCAGGUGUUUACUACGAGAUAAAGAAGUGAUUUGCAGAGAGAAGGACACGGAAAUUAGAGAUCUCAAAGAAAAAGUAGUAAGGCUAAGCUACUCACUUCGACAGUUGGAAACGAUAAAAUCUGAACUUACUCAGAAGUUGAAAUUGCAGAGUGCAGCUUUGAAAAGAUACUCAGAAGACGCGGGGGAUUCAGAAUAUUCUGAAUUGAAUUUUAGAGGUCACGAGUAUGAAUUACGCAAGCCGGAAUACCGCCGGUCUUUCCUACAAUUGGAGGACAUGGAUAUAUCUGAGACGGAAUCGGAUGAUCAUGAUUUGGAGGAGACAACAGAUGAUGAGUGGGAAGCAUCAGGAAAAUUAAGGGUUAGGAAAAGGAAAUCUAGAAGCAGACGUUCAGGCACGAAAAAUGAUCAGUUAAAUAUCAAUAAUGCAGAUGAUCGCAAAGAAAAUUCAAAAGAUGGGCAUGUCGAUGAAUCUGGGGAAACUGCAUCAGAUGUUUGCUGCUCUUGUAGCAAAAUCUCAUCAUGCAAGACAACAAAAUGCAAGUGCAAAGCUACGGGCAGCAGUUGUGGGAGUUCUUGCGGCUGCCUAGCAACCAAGUGUGGCAACAGAGCAUCAGAGGAGCCAACACAAUCGGGAAUGGUUCAAAGGACCGGAAAUAAUUCAAGUAUUGAAGAAACAGACAAACACCGCCUUCUUGCUACUCAAGGUGCAGAGUUACUUCAGGGAGCAUUGGUUGAUAGGCUUGCCGAGACAAACAGUGACCAAGAACCCAGAAAACCUCUCUCUGACAUAGGAAAUACACAGGAGAAAUCAAAUGCAAAGAACGGUAAUCAGAGAAAGAAAUCGCGAAAGUCAACCAUAAUUCUUGUUUCGAAUCCGCCACCUUCUUCGCAUCCAGAGAAUUCUGAAGUCCACAACAUAAACACCAAGAAAGAAAAUAACAUUAGUGAAACAAAUGUUGCUGUGAGUAAACCACGACAUAGAAGGUCCUCAUCUAGGCCGGAAAAUGCUGCCUCUGCACCCAGGGCAGAGGGUAAUUUCGUAGAACCAGAUAUACCUUCGAAAAUACCAAAGGCUGGUCGAAGGGCAGGCUCAUCCAAUGGUGGGGUGCCAUUGUGGGACAGGAAUGCUGGUAAAUCAGAUGAAUCUAUUAGUAAAGAACUCGAAGGUUUUGGAACGAGGAGUCCGCUAAGACAGAAAAGAACACUAGAUGAAAAAGAGAACAACAGACGCUAAUCAGAUACUCAUUUCUUACCCUUUUGUUGAUGUUUAUACCCAAGAAGGUCAAAGCUUCAAGACAAAUGCCCAGUACCUUGUAUUCUUAAGGUGAUUUUGUUGAAGAAAGAGGAUUUCAGAGGUGUACAGUGUGACUAUAAAUUUUUUCAUCAAAUUGAUUUUCGUUUUUCUGGCUUCAGCAGGUCGAAUAGAUUGAAAUUCGUCGGGCUUGAUUUUCUUGGUUCUUAUGCUUUGUUUAUUUAAAGCAGCCUGUACUCAAAUAGGUCUCAGAUGAAAGCCAAAAGUGGCUUUACCUCUUCGUGGUGAUCGAAACU